CUUUUGUGUUGCCGUUUUUGCUGCGACGCGAACGUGAAGUUUGUGGGUAGCAGUAUAGUAUAUACUGACCCAGCAGACCGUUGUGAAGAUGUACGGUUAGGCCUAUUGCACCACUUAGCAACCUUGUAGACAAGUGUAUUUUCGUUCUUCCAAUGUGAUAUAGAGCAGAUUUAGUCUAUGAAACAAUAGUCCCUCAACUUUUCUGUAUAUUCAGAAAUACACCAUGUUUUUCAUAUGAGCUUAAAUUAAAGAGUUCUGUCAGACGCUUUCUACACAAAAUUCAGAAGCAUAUCUACCUUCCUGAACUGUGGUUUGAUUAGAAGUAAAUCAGAAUUUACAAAGAUAUUUUCCAAAGCAUCACAUGGAGUCUCAGGAGGUUGAAAGUGGCCUCCAUGAGACAUGGAUUUCUAAAAGAGGUUCCACUAAUUCAGUUGUGAGUGCCACUUCAGGCCCAUCUCUUUUGAACAUGUCUGAAGCCAGUGGUAGCAGCUCCUCACAAGGCAGACAAGGCCCUCUGCCCACUAAAAGAACAUUAUCUGAGUCGUCAAGUGUCAGGCAAAUGGGACCUUUGCCAGUGAAACGUCAGUACCAAGCCUCCAACAUACAAGGUGCUGAUGAUGCUCAAAUAAAGCAGCUGGAAAACCUUGAGAGGAAAGAGGCAGCUCUUUUCAAUCAGUUAUUGCUUCAGCUGCAAUUGCUUCAUAAAAGGUGCAAUGAAGAGCGUCAUCAAAUUGUUGAAGAACAGCGCAGGCUGGCUGAACGUUUGGAACAAAUUGACACAAAUGAAAAAGCUGAAGAGCUAGCUGUGAGAGAAAAGAAUGGUCAAAUGCUUGAAAGAGUUCGUGAAGAAUUACAUCAACUGAGACAGAAAAUGUCGAUGGAUGGGUCAUCAUCAAAUGCCUCUAUCAUGAGCAGUGUCUUAUCUAACUCAGUGCCAUCGACAUCAGGUGGACAGUCAGAUCUAAGCAACGUAUCGGACAUCCGGCGGCGCCUUGGCAGUUUGGAUCGGCAACGUCAGACUCUUCUGGAUCAGCUGUACGCUGCUAUACGUUCCUUAAGCCAAGAGGGUGGCCGCUUGGUGGAUGUGCAACUACACAACUGCGCUCCUGGCAGGGAGGUGGCAGGCAGCUCUACUCUAUCUGAGCGUGGCCUGCCUACGUCCCAACAAUCUGAGAUUGCAGAAUCUAAUGAGCAAGCUCAAUCUAGUGGUGAAGAAGACUCAGAAAUCACCUCUUCAAGUGAUGUUCUAACUCCUCAGAAUGUGGAAAUUGUAACAGAACAUGCUUCAGGAAACCAAUCAUGUUCAAGAAACCAGACAGCAGAACCAAAUGAGGAAGUGGAACCCGAAGCAGCAGCUGAAGAGGAAGGAGAAACACCCGCCAACUGCACGGAGGAGUCGAUUGAAAAGGAUGCAGCAGCUGAAGAGGAAAUCAAGAAGAAAGAAGAAAGAGAGAAGGAUCUUGACCUUGCCCUAUCAAAGCUGAAGAACAUUGGAUCUCUUGUCGAAGAAGAGCUACAAUGCAGCAUCUGCAACGAGCUUCUUGUUGCAGCUGUCACAAUAAACUGUGCCCACAGUUUCUGCAAACACUGUCUUGGAGAAUGGAAGAAACAACGAGCAGAAUGUCCAAUGUGUAGGAUGCCCAUUACUGCAGAGCAUCGCUCAGUCACCUUGGACUCACUCAUAAGUACAAUGGUGGGCCAGCUUAGCCUGGAACUUCAACAGAGGCACAAAGAAGUCGUAGAGGAACGCGCAGCUCUAGAAGCUGCAGCUGCUGUUGCUGCGAAUGCUGCCUCAUCCUCAGGUGGAUCUUCCAGCAGUCGGGGUGACAAUGGAUCUUCGAGUGGGGGUCCCAGCCGGACGCGCAGCCACCACCACAACUACAACAACAAUAACAACAACAACCAUUGGCAGCCCCUGCCGCCCCCGCAUUACCACCACCACCAUCACCAUCACAACAACUUCCACGUGCCCCACUACCCUCCCCACGCCCACAGCCACGCUCCCCACACUCACAAUCAUGCUCACGCCCACGCCCACUCCAACCCCCACCCUCCCCACGCCCACGUUCACGCCCACGCCCACGUGCACCCCCUGGCCUUGGCGCCCCCUGUCGGCCACGCCGGUCACGCCCCCCAGGGCAGGCACAACACCCCGCCCCCUCCUCCCCCAAGGGCACCCCUCGCGCUGGCCCUGCCCACCCCCAGCCUGCACAGCCUCCAGAACUCCCAGCAGGGCAGCUCCCAGGGCCUGCAGGGCUCGCAGGGAGGCGCUCUUCAGGGGCUGCAGAACCUGCAGAGCAUCCCGGGAAGCUCACAGGGCGCACAGACCCCACAGGGACAGCCGCACGACGGGCGUGCCCCGUCGAGGCGCCGACACGGGGCUAGAGGCCCCUCAGGCCCCGCAGGCCCCGCAGGUCCGAGUGCCUCAGGGGUCGGGCUGGGGUUGGUGUCCUCCGCCAGCUCGUCCGGUAGUUCUGCAGAGGAGCCGAGUGACUCUACGAGCAGUUACUCAAGCAGUGGUGGCUUCUCGUCCAGUUCAGAGCGCACCUGGUUUGAAUCGGACUAUGGUGAAUAUGAAGAUGAAGAAACUGAAGGAGAACCUCCAAUAGUGCCUGGUAUUCCUGGUCGCUAUUAUGGAGGAUAUGGUGUGUGUUUUUACUGCAAUCAGCGAGGGCAUUGGUCUAAUGGAUGUCCUGUUCGUUUUGGAUUCUAAUUUUUGUGAUUCUUGUGAAAAAUUGUCAGCUUUACUGCUUGCAUCACAUUCUCAGAGGGUUUUAUGCAUUUUGUGCUCUCAUAACAAUGUAGAGAUUUAAGGGGUUCUAUGUUGUACAGGGCCAUUGGAACUUUUUCUUGUCAUAUUUAAGUUAUAUAAGUCUUUUUUAGUUGAUAUGUAGUGUUAAAGGUGCAGUUGUGGUUGCAUGACUUAAUAUAUAAUUGAAAUGUAAUAUUAGUUUCUCUAAUCCCAUGUUUUGCUGUUUCUGAGCAAUUUGAAUUUUUAUUCCAGUUAUUGUAUCAUGGUUAUCUCACUAAUUGUUUGAUAUUUUUUCAUCUACUUCCUAUUUGUUGCAAUCAAUGUAUGUAUUGAGCUACUUCAUAGCUUCAAUGUCAGUGAUAUUCAUGUGGCUUUUCUCAUGUUUUACAUUUAUAAUAAGGUUUCAUAAUGUUUGAACAGUUCUAACUGGAUGGUGUAAAUCAAACAAUGACAUUAUGAUGCUGAUGUGAUUUUUGGAGCUGAUGGUUUUUGAUGUGCUAAUUUGACUCAAGUUGUUUUGUAUUGUAUUUUAUUCACCUGUUUUUGUAUGUUCGUUAGAAUUUAUAGAGAGAUUAAUUGCUGCGUUGCUUAGUAUUUAUGCAUUGGAGUUUUUUGUCCUAUUCAUCAAUUAAUCUGAAAUGGACCAGUUUGCUGUUUUAACUUCUUCAAAUUAAUACAUCACUCACAAGUGGUUCAAACUCAAUUCUGUGCUCUUUUAAACAGUUGCAGAAAUACUGUUUACUGUUAUUUAUGGUUUUAUUCUAACCAUCCCAAUGUUUAAAAAAAAACAAACAAACUAAACUAAACUCCUCCAUAAUCUAAAUUGAAGACUGACUCCACUGGAAUUAAUUGUUUUUAUUUAAUGUUGGGUUUUUACAACAUUGAUGGAAUUGUUACGGCCCAUUUUCCAGCAUUAAUUCAUUGUUGGGAUUUUUGUUUCCAAUCAAAUCUGCAAACAAAUAAAUUGCCAUGAGCCAAUUAAUUUAAAAUACUUUUCAAAUAUGUCUUGUAACUUCCUGUUAAGUAUAUUGAGCACUUUGGUAGUGAGAAAAUGGCACAAGAAUAUGAAUCAGCCCCGUAACCAAAGAUUGUAAAGAAGUCACCCCCAAUAGAGAAAGAGGAACAUUUAAGAUGUUGCUUGUUCUACUUGGGUCAGACUAUUUUCAAAAAAAUAUCAAAGCCUGUGAUGACCUUUCUCUUUUUCUUAAAAGAUUGUAAAGAAAGCUAAUUCAUUAUUUAGAUGCAAAAUCAGUCUGUCUUGUACAAAAGCUCUUUUAAGUUAAGACAAAAAUUUACUUGUUUUUCUGAUUACUGUCUCACCAUGUUGAUGUGUGUCAAUCUGCAUGUUUACUCAUUAAUCCUGACAUGGAGUUGAAAUUGGGUAUAUUAAGUGCACCUUAUAUUUUUGUUUUUGCAUGAUGGGCUCUUUGAAUCUCAGAUCUCUUACUAAAUUCUUGAAAUGUGAUCUGCUUGUAGUCAUUUUAGAUGAAUAAUUAUAUUUUCUAGCCAUAUUUUGUGUAUGUCAUUAAAGUUGUAUUUUUCAAUCACAAGUAACUACAUUUAGCUUACCAGAUCCCUACUAAUGUAAGAGUUUAAGAAUGUCAAACUUUGUUGUCUCCAAAGCAAUAUGUGUGUAGUCUGUGCCUGCCUCUGAGCUUUCAUGUAGAAUCUAAUUUUUUAAACAUAUGGCCAUUUACUGCUGUUAUUUUUCAAAUGAGUUACCUUGGAUUUUCUUAUUGCCUUCAACCAAAUCCAAAUAGUUAAAAAUACCCCAGUGUUUCACCAAAGUUGGUUUGUUCUAAAAAUAUUAGCCUGUUAGAAGCUAAAUUUAGCGAUGGAAUGAAUGUUGAUUACCUAUCUUUUAGUGUUAGUAUCUGGAACAACCUACCCUUUCGGUACGUGCUAUAUCAUCAUAAUACUCCUUAUUAUUUGCUUUGACUGCGUCUAUUUUGUUUAUUUCAUUCAAAACCUUCUAUUGUCUUUAAAAUAAUGUGAUAAGUUUUCUAUUUUGGUGACAGCUUUCUUAAUAACAAAGUAACCACUUUCAAUGUAAACAUUUCCUUCUUACAUAAUAGGAUGAAAUAACAUUAUGCGGCUCAUAGAAAUAGUCUUCUGUUCUUCAUUUAUUCCUUAUUAGCAUUGGGUUAUGUUGCAUUUUAGUAGGCUAGCAUCAUUUUGGUUUGUCAAAAGUAGUUUCACUGAUGUUUGUUAUUGAAGAUCAAAAAUGUUAUUCCCAUUUCAAUGUUCCUCUCAUAACUUCUUUUCUGAGCUUAGGUGCUAAACUUGAUUUGUAAAGAGUGAAAUUAAUACUCCGUUUUUAAUGUCUCUUCAAUAUUUGCCAUAAUAUUUCCUUGCUACAAAAACCUUAUUGACAUUCUUGUUGUGCAUGGGAGAUCUAUCAUCAAAUACUGUGAAUUGUCAUUUACCUUUGGUCAGAUAAACAGUCCUUUCUCUUUUUAGUUAUGUUGCUGUGGUGCCUGUAUCAGCAUGAGUGAUUCUUUCUUAUUCCAUUUUUCAUGAGGUAUCAUGGUUUGCUUUCAUGACAUAACACUUAAAAUGUAUCAGUCAAUUGGGGUCCAAGUGUCCUGUACAAAGUUAUUAAGUACCAUUUUACUUUAACAUUCAGCAUGGCAAAAGUAUUCGACAUGAUGCUCACAAGUUUAUAUGGUUUGUGGAUAUGUUGGGUUUCAGUUGAUUGUUUGACAUCUCAGGGAUUUUAGAAUCCUGCUCGUCUUCUAUAUAAGAAGUUGUCCUAAGAUUUAGUGAUAUGAUGUUGAUGCCAAUUAUUGAAGCACAUUGUGGAAUUUCCAUUUAAGGUGUACUGUUAGACAAUAAUUAUUUUGCUUCAAUCAAUAAUUAAUUUUUUUGCUAAUGUCUAGGAUUGUAUAUCAAUAGGUGCUUCCUCAAUGUGUAUUAAUUACUUAUGAAAAACACUACAUGAAGUGUGAAGCCUAAUGAACUGGGAAAACAAAAACCUUCUACUGUUUUGGAUCAGUAUUUUAGCUUGAUGCAACAGUCGAACAAUUCUUAAAACUGCAUGCUUUUCGCAUAGUGUUUAAUCAUUGUAUAUUAGUUGUAUUUCUGUGAGGUAUGUUUGUGGUUCAAGUUUGAAACUUAAAUGUGUGAUAUAGUGUAACAGGUCAAAAUAUAUCAUUUUUCCUUCGUCAAUUAGAA